AUGUAUCUCCCCUCGGUCGCGCUCAGCUUCAUCCUCGCCGUGGCCCAAGUGGGCGCCCUGCCACCGGGGGUUCUGCACAGAGACGUCCCAUCACCUUCCCUUUUCCCCAUCGAAUUCAACCCGCACCUCUCCAAGAGGCAGAGCCAGAGCUGUGCCGAAACAUGCGGCACCAUCUGCUAUUACCAGUCCACCAUUGACAGCGCAGUCGAGGAGGGAUACUCGCUGUACCAGGCUGGUCAGACCGAGGGUACAGACAAGUACCCGCACGUGUACAACGACUAUGAAGGGUUUAGCUUCCAAGUCGCGGGACCCUACUAUGAGUUUCCAAUCCUGCGUGAUUUCAAAACAUAUGAUGGUGGAAGUCCGGGCCCGGACAGAGUCAUCUUCAACACAGACGGCGAUUUGGCCGGCGUCAUCACCCAUACAGGAGCGAGCGGGAACGACUUCCUGCAGUGUGAUGGGUAG